AUGUUGCAUGGUUCAUUGCCGGCAAAUCUACAACACAUGUCAGCCGCCCGUAUAUCUCUUUGGUCCAAUAAACUGACAGGUCUGGUUCCAUGGCUCCCUAUAUAUAUAUCCAUCUUUGAUCUGUCUUCAAACUCUUUCUCGGGGUCACUGCCAUCAGAGAUAAAAGCUCCAUGGCUUGAGGUGUUGUUGCUGGCAAAUAAUCAAAUUACUGGCACCAUUCCAUCAUCUAUUUGCCUGUUGACUCGUCUGAGACGGUUGGACGUAUCGCGAAACAAUUUAACAGGAGAUGCUUUGCAGUGCUGGAAGGAAUCAGAAAACAAUACUUCAGUAUCCAGGGCAAACUCUACAGAUCAAUUUGGUUCUAUCAUGUCUAUUCUAGCCUUGAACAACAAUGAUUUCUCUGGUGAAUUUCCUAAAUUUCUUCAGAGUGCCUCACAAUUGAAGAUCCUUGAUCUUUCUUACAACAGGUUCUUUGGAACAUUGCCAAAGUGGUUACCAGAAAAAAUGCCUGACUUGGAAAUCUUGAGGUUGAGAUCAAACAUGUUCAAUGACCUUAUUCCUAACAAUCUCACUUUCCUUUUACAUCUUCGCUAUUUGGACAUAGCCCAUAACAAUAUAUCGGGAACCAUACCAUGGUCGCUAUCAAACUUGAAAGCAAUGAGAUACAUAUCUUAUAAUAGCGAUUAUGACUAUGCUUUUAAUAGUCCCGCUUUUGAUGAGAGCAUGCCAGUAAUCACAAAAGGGAAAACACGUGAUUAUACCUUUGAAAUCUACAAGCUACUGGUGAUUCUUGAUCUGUCAUGUAACAGUUUAACAGGACAUAUUCCGGAGGAGAUAAGUUUUCUCAUCGGGCUUACCAAUUUGAACUUAUCAAGUAAUCAGUUGACCGGUGAAAUCCCAAGCAAGAUUGGUGAUCUGAAGCAGUUGGAGUCCCUGGACCUGUCCUACAACAAGUUCUCUCAUGAAAUCCCAUCAGGUUUGUCGGCUCUAACCUCUCUGAGCCACCUCAACCUGUCAUACAACAAUUUAUCAGGCGUGAUACCAUCCGGGCCACAACUGCAGGCUCUCGACAACCAGAACUACACCUACAUCGGCAACCCUAAUCUCUGUGGCUACCCUCUCUCCAAGAACUGCUCUGCUAGUACUACUGAUGCAGAGCAAAGUGUCCAUGAAGAUGCAGAUCAUAUAUCGUAUCUCUACCUUGGGAUGGGCAUAGGAUUUGUGGUCGGCCUUUGGGUGGUGUUUUGCACCAUAUUACUGAGGAGAACCUGGGCGAUUGCCUACUUUCAGAUCAUUGACAAGUUGUAUGACGAGGUUUAUGUGUGUGUUGCUAUAGCUUGGGCUCGCCUGAUGAAGUACACCCACGACGACGCAGCGUAA